CCCAGCAGCAGGACACCUCUCACCACAGCACCCGACAAAACAACACCAAAGCUGAGCGAACAGGCCGAGCAAACACUGAGCAAAAGACCACCACCAGAGUAAGAGCACCACCAAAUUCACCUGCAGCUCAACUCUCCAGAUCUAUCAUCACCAGCCAUGUGGUUCCGGCUCGCCGUGGGACUGUGCUGCCUGGUGCUGGGCUGCCAAGGGCAGGGCAGAACCGCAUCGCUCCGCAGAGCCAACGAUGACUUCACCGGCCGCUGUCAGUACACCUUCACUGUGGACAGCCCGGCCGAGUCCAGCUGCCCCCAGGCGGGAGCCGGGGGCCCCGAGGACGAGGGCGUGAGGACCCGCCUCACCCUGCUGGAGGCGCUAGUGAGCCGGCUGAUGGGGGAGCGAGGUGGAGUGGCGGGUGAAGCUGGGCUGCGGACAGCGGAGGAGGAGGAGGAGGAGAAGGUGAGCCAGCUCCAGCAGGACAAGGAGCAUCUGAGCCGGCAGGUGCAGGACCUCCAGAGGAGGCUGGAGGAGCUGACGGUGGAGACGGAGCAGCUGAGGCAGAGGCCCUGCCACCAGCCCCAGCCCCCGCGGCUCAGCACGCCAGACAACGAUCCUGCUUUUCAGUUGGGAAGCGGAGCCUUUCAGGAGAUGAAGGCAGAGCUGUCUGAAGUGCCUGCCCCACCUCAGAUCCAGCAGGGACAAAAUCAGGCCAUAACCAGUACCAAAGCACAGACAACAAGCAGCUUUACAGGCUGUGGAGUGCUGGUGUCAGUAAAGCCGCCGGUGACUCACCGCAAGGCUGACAGCAUCACAGGCAAAUACGGCGCCUGGUUCCAGGACCCGGAGCCCCUGGGGCCACCCUACGGCCCCAAGACGGUGUGGCGAAUCGACGCGGUGGGCAAGGAAGUCAAGCAGCUCUUCGCCUACGAGGACAUGGAGCAGCUGAUACGGGGCUUCCCCAUGAAGGUGCUACCGCUGCCCGAUGCUGUGGAGAGCACUGGCGCCACGGUCUACCGCGGCUCGCUCUACUACCAGCGCCGCCUCAGUCGCACGCUCAUCCGCUACGACGUGGCCACCGAGAGCGUCGCUGCCCGGAUGGACCUGCCCCACGCCGGCUUCCACGGCCAGCACCCAUACUCCUGGGGCGGCUACACCGACAUCGACCUGGCCGUGGACGAGAGGGGCCUGUGGGCCAUCUACAGCACCAGCAAGGCCAAGGGCGCCAUCGUCAUCGCCAAGCUGGACCCCGAGAGCCUGGAGGUGACCAAGACCUGGGAGACCAACAUCCGCAAGAACACGGUGGCCAACGGCUUCAUGGUGUGUGGACGGCUCUACACCGUAGCCAGCUACAGCCUGCCCAACACCACCAUCAGCUACAUGUUUGACACAGACACCAAUCAGAGCAGCGCCAUCAGCAUCCCCUUCAACAACCGCUACCAUUACAACAGCAUGAUCGACUACAACCCAGGCAACAAGAAGCUCUAUGCAUGGGACAAUUAUCACAUGGUCACCUAUGACGUAAAGCUGGCACAGUCAGACAGCAUCCCCUGAGCACACACAUAAAAAAACAGAAUGAGAGACUGACAGACAUUGUAGUAGUGCAACCAAAAUAGUACUUUAAGCGUUCAGCGUUAAUCUCAGCCAUGUUAUUUUCAACAAAAAUAUAAUGACUUAGGUUUGUCACUGCUUUAGCAAAAAUAACUUCUCAGUGUUAUAAUUCUGUAUAUGUUGUCCUUAAAUAGUUUAAAAGCAGAGAGUAUGCAGUAUGUAGAGUCGACUAUUUCUGUAUAUAGAAUAUUAUGAUUAUUUACGUAAAAUGUAUUUUUGUAUGAAAAUUUUUGUAAUUUGUUGUCUCCUUACACAUGCCAUGACAUCUUCCACUGUAAUAAUUUAAAAAAUAAAAUGUUAAAAUGCGA